AUGUCGAAUUUCACGGUUUUUGAGAUUGAUGGUGGCACGUCGCCAACUGUAGCAUUCGUUGAAUUUUACGAGCAUCGAGAUCAUUUCGAUUAUUAUCUCUUAUUUCUACGGAAGUAUAAAGAUUUGCCUGCGAUGGAGAUUUACAUCAGAAUUCAACCAUCCCGUCGAUGUCGCUCAAUCCAUGAAUUGUUCAAUGAGACUAUCGUUGCUCAGCCACCGUUACGUUGUGUUAAGAACUAUCAAAGACCAUGUCUUCAGUCGCAUAAAGGAGAAGUGUUGAUAUGUUUUAAUAAUGAAAAACUCAUGUGUUUAUGUGACCGAAUGAAUCAUGCUGAUUGUUUCAAUUUUCAGACAACUCCUUCAGGUUGUCCAUGGAAUACAUGCAGUGGUCGAAGCAUAUAUGUUCAAGAUCACGAAAGUUGUCCAACAAUUUCAGUAUGUAUUUGGGAAGCACGCAGCUAUGGAUCACAUUGUCAAUUUAAGCGUGCUGGUUAUUCUUCGUCACUCGAUGCCAUCAUUGGAUCGCAUAUCCUAUCGACUACAACAAAUAUUCUUCAUCAGACGGUAGUCAUUCAAAUUAGUGUUGUUAUCCUCAGCAUUUUAAUCACGCUUGAAACAGUUUUCAACUUAUUCGCUAUUGGUACAUUUAGUCGACCAGAAACACAAGACUCAGGAUGUGGUAUUUACUUCUUUGUCUCAUCAUGUAUUGGUCUAGUCACUACGAUAGUACUCAUGUGCAAUAUUUUUAUUGUUUUAAAUAUUGAUAUGGGCAAUAUUAGUUGUUUAGUUGUUGAAUUUCUACUCAAGUGGUGGCCAACAACUUGGUGA